GAAAAGCCAAUCUAGGGUUUUCAUAUUUCUUCCUGUGGGGGUGGGGAGGAGAGAUCCUUAGAGAGAGAGAGAGAGAUUGAGAGAGAGAGAGAGAGCGCUGAGAGGAGAGAUCAAUGGGGGGAGGCAAUGGCCAGAAGUCGAAGACGGCUCGUGAUAGGAAUCUCGAGAAGCUGAAAGCCCCCAAAGGGAGUCAACUAGAUGCUAACAAGAAAGCCAUGUCUAUUCAGUGCAAGAUAUGCAUGCAGACUUUCAUGUGCACCACGACUGAGGCAAAAUGCAAGGAACACGCAGAAGCAAAACACCCAAAAGCCGAACUUACCGCAUGCUUUCCCCAUCUAAAGUAAUAAUGAAUGCGAAAGAGUUUGUGGACUUAUAAUAUUAAAAGUGUGUGGAGUAUGUGUUUGAUCGUUCAACUUAUAUUGUUAUCAAAAGUUUGACAGAUUCUGGAUUUUGAAAAAUUCAUAAUCUGGUCUUUCUAAUACUACUACUUCUACUAUUGAUGUCUCUCAAUCUUCUUGUGCUGUUUUUAGUAGUGUAAAGAUAAAGAAACUAUAAGUGUCUUAUUUGAUACUACCAUUUAAGAUAAGUGAGGAAAUCUUAUAUUAUUGCGCCCCCAC